AUGGAUAAUCAACAAAGUACUAGCGGGACAAAACUAGAAGGUUGGAGUAAAGAAGAAAAGUUUGAAUUACUCCAGGCACUUAAAGAGUAUGGAUCACAAAAUAUUGAUCAAAUACGUAAUUAUAUAACUACUAAAAAUGAGGAGGAGGUAAGAAAAGCAAUGCAAUUUUAUAAAGAAAAAGCAUUGCUACAAUCUAACUCUCAACAGAAAAAAGUAAAAAAAAUAAAUAAUGCUCCAGUAAUACCCUUAGCUAGUUGGGCGAAAUUUAUAACAGACUCUUAUGGGUAUGAAGAACUUCAAACUGAAACAGCCACUGCUCUGCGAAUAAUAGCCGACUUUGAAAUUAAACCUCCAGGUGUAUGCACUGAGAAAAUUGAUUUCCGUAAAGUAUAUCACAUGCUAGCAGAUGCUACAGAAGGGAAACAGCUUCCUAAUGAUAAACUUAUUACAGCUGUUUUUGAUAAAUGUAUUAUAGAAACUGCACUAACCAGCAAAGCAUUUAUUAAAAGUACUACAUAUAAACAAAUACUUCAAUCGAUAAAUACAACUGACAUAGACAUCAAUGUUUUUUCUAAACCAACUGAUAAUAUAGAAUUAGCAACUUUACGCCAUUUAACAAGUCAAAAGUGUUAUAAUCCAUUAAAUAUCACAGAAAAUUAUCUAAAACCAUCUUCAUAUACAAGA